UUAAGUCAAUAAAAGACCCAACAAGUGGCGUCAAGUUAAAGGCAAUUGCUCACAUAUAUAAACCCUACUUAAAAAAAAAAACCCCUAGUUCUCUUUUUUCUUCGAAGCUUUGCUGCUAUUUUUUCUUCGAUUUUUCAAUAUGGCACUACCAAACCAACAAACCGUAGAUUAUCCAAGCUUCAAGCUUGUAAUUGUGGGUGAUGGAGGAACUGGAAAGACAACUUUUGUCAAAAGGCAUCUCACUGGUGAAUUCGAGAAAAAAUAUAAUUCCACUAUCGGUGUGGAGGUUCACCCAUUAGACUUCUUCACAAAUUGUGGGAAAAUUCGCUUUGAUUGUUGGGACACUGUUGGCCAAGAGAAGUUAGGAUGUCUUCGUGAUGGCUACUACAUUGAUGCACGGUGUGCAAUUAUCAUGUUUGAUGUUACUGCGCAUCUGACCUACAAGAAUGUUCCUAUCUGGCAUGGAGAUAUUCGCAGGGUUUGUGGGGACAUUCCCAUUGUUCUCUGUGGAAACAAAGUUGAUGCCCAGAACAGGCAGGUUAAGGCAAAGCAAGUUACGUUUCACAGGGACAGCAAUUCGGAAUACUAUGAGAUCUCAGCAAAGAGUAACUACAACUUUGAGAAGCCUUUUCUGUACCUUGCUAGAAAGCUUGCUGGGGAUGCUAAUCUUCACUUUGUGCAAUCACCUGCACUUGCUCCUCCAGAAGUACAAAUUGACUUAGCUGCACUGCAACUGGAGCUUGAGCAAGCCUUUAAUCAGCCACUUCCAGAUGCUACAACACGUACAAUUGAGACAUUCAGCAUACCACUGGCUUCUGGAGAGUGCUUAGUUUACGAGAAGGUUUGUUAGCUCAGAGCCGAUCAAGUUCACCCUUGCACCUUUCUAUGUUCCUGGUCCUUAAAUUUUCUAUAUUGGGACUUCAGCUUUGUCGUUUGAGUAUCUGUUUGCUGCUUCCUGGUAUUAUAGAUUGGUUAAUCGAUAUGUUUGUCUGAAGUCAUGAGACUGUGGUUUAAUAGGGUAGAUAUUGUUAUAUCCUGAUCCUGAUGUAAUCGCGCACUUUGUUGAGGCUCUGUUUACUUGCCUACACAUUCGACAAUUUUCUUUUCUCUGAAGAUAUUUUGGCCGUGUGCUUAAUUCUAAACGUUUACUAUAGUGAAUAGUGGAUUGUGAUGAUAACUAA